UCUCUCGAAUAAUUUUAUCUAAACAUUAUCAAACAGUUUAUUCUUUGUUUGUCUAUUAUUACAAGAUUCAAUUGGUAUUUCAGUUUGCAUUAACCGUUCUUAGUACUACGGAUGAAAGAUUGUUAGUUUCAUUUCGAAAGAAUGUUGGAAUUCAAAUGCCCUUGAACAGAAUAUCUUUUAUUAAAGUUUGCAUUUUUUAGUUUAAUUUUCUGUUAGUUUCCCGUGGUUUUCCGGUAUUUCGCGCGUCAUUUCCCUGCUCGACGUUCAGUUACAAUAUCAAAGUCUUCAGAUAGUUAUAGCCCGGGGACCGAUUUUGAAAAUCGUCUGAGUUUCCUUCUCUGGCCAGUGUUUGAGUGCAUCUGUGACAGUGCGGUUUCCUUGAUUGCUUUCCCGAAAGAAUAUCGAGAUGAGUUUUCCUCGUGGAAUGACUGAAAUGCCUACGGUGUGCCUGUGAAUGUUGCGACUCCUUUUCUAAGCGUCUGCGAAUGCCAUCAAGGCAAACCUUGACCAUUAUUCCUCCUUUAUAUGUACAGCAGAAGAGGAAGGAAAAAUGAGAGGAUUUGACGGGAAAACAUUUGCAUAGACCACGACCAGAAAGCGUUCGAGGGAAAUUGAAAAUGAAAUUCAUUGAAAACCAAUAAGCCUUUAAGAGCUUCGCAGUUCUAUGGAAGACAAUAAAAGCGGCGAAUACGUUUCCACUUCUAUUUUCCUUGGUUCUUCUCAUUUCGAGGGUGUUACGCUGAAAAUGUAAAAGUUGUAAGUGCAGAAGUAUCUGAGCCAAGCCAAUGGUGCAAGAAAUCGGAAAAGGAGGAAAAGCGGAAAUAAAAAAAAUUGCCUUAAACGGAAAUAGACUGAAUAUGUGAGAAUGUGGGUUUGGAGUGACUCUUGCUUUGAGAAAAUUCUGUUUAACUAUCAAAGAUUUUCCCGCAAAGUGUAAUCUAAGUAUUCGCUUAUUUCGAAUGUGUUCUCGCGAAGAAGCUACACGUUCUGGCGUUCGAAUAGUUCAGGUGUUAAUUUCAGUCUGAUCCGCUCAGUGAAUGGCUCAUUUUUGCUUCUAGUCGGCUUGGCGAGGAAAAACUCCUAGAAAAAUGCCACUAAAAUGUUGCUAGCCUUCACUGACAUUCUCCAAGGAAUAUAAUUUCGCAAAUUCAGAAUGAUUACUUUGAAGUCGAACCGCUUUAGCCAACAAAAAUGGAAACAGUAUCGCCAACCAAGAACCUAGAGGAUUGUUCGACUGACGCUCCCCGUUCGAGGUAUCCAAUAACUUCAGCAAUAGAACAGAGAAAAUCGACACGAAAUCAGUCAAAGAAAAAAUAAUUUUUCCGACUUUUUCUAACCGGUUGAAGACAGUUUUUCUUCGUUCAUAUUUUUUCCUUUGAGGUCGUUACACCACACUCUCAAUUCGGUACAUUUCCAUAUGAUCAUUGGUGCUUACUCGAUUGGAAGAUAAAAAGAAGAGAAAAAAAGCGAAGUCCUUUCACGGAUCCUUAAAGGCAUUUCGUGCAAGAUACGUGCGUUCAACAUUUAAAGACAACUACAUGUUUGCUUAUCAAUCUGCGGAUUAACGGUUUCGGAAGCAUCAGAAAACCAUUGCGGGGUUAGCCGAUUUUGCACUCAAGUUUUUCUUAUCUUCACUAAAGGAAAAUGCAUCUUCUGGUGUUUAUGAUGAGCCAUUUUCCAGCAUCAUCUUCGUCCUCGGCAUCGGCGAUUGCAUCAACGUGGAUUAUCUUCGGAAUUGGAAUUUUGAUCUCAGUGCCAGCUUGCUCAGCAGGACCUCAUGAAAAACGACUGCUUCAUCACCUAUUGGAUAACUACAAUGUCCUCGAACGACCUGUGGUCAACGAAUCCGAUCCGUUACAACUAAGUUUUGGAUUAACUCUUAUGCAAAUUAUCGAUGUGGACGAGAAAAAUCAGUUGCUGAUCACAAACAUAUGGCUCAAGUUGGAAUGGAAUGACAUGAAUUUACGGUGGAACUCGAGCGAGUACGGUGGUGUGCGUGAUUUGCGAAUACCGCCGCAUCGUCUCUGGAAGCCUGACGUGCUCAUGUAUAACAGUGCUGACGAAGGCUUCGACGGAACGUAUCCUACAAAUGUUGUCGUCAGAAACAACGGCUCCUGCCUCUACGUUCCUCCUGGCAUUUUCAAAUCGACAUGUAAAAUCGACAUCACAUGGUUCCCGUUCGACGAUCAACGAUGCGAAAUGAAAUUCGGUUCAUGGACCUACGAUGGAUUUCAGCUCGAUUUGCAACUACAGGACGAAUCAGGUGGAGAUAUUAGCAGUUUUAUAACAAAUGGAGAAUGGGAACUCUUAGGUGUCCCCGGUAAACGCAACGAAAUUUACUACAAUUGCUGCCCGGAACCGUAUAUCGAUAUUACGUUCGCGAUAUUAAUACGACGAAAAACUUUAUAUUAUUUUUUUAAUUUGAUAGUACCGUGCGUUCUUAUUGCCUCGAUGGCACUACUAGGAUUUACACUGCCACCAGACUCUGGUGAAAAACUUUCGCUUGGAGUUACAAUCCUCUUAUCUUUAACAGUCUUCCUUAACAUGGUGGCUGAAACAAUGCCGGCCACAUCAGAUGCUGUGCCUCUUUUAGGAACUUAUUUUAAUUGCAUAAUGUUUAUGGUGGCUUCAUCGGUUGUGUCAACUAUUCUCAUUCUGAAUUACCAUCAUCGUAAUCCGGACACGCAUGAGAUGUCCGAAUGGAUUCGUGUUGUAUUUCUUUAUUGGUUGCCAUGUAUACUUCGUAUGAGCCGCCCCGGCCAGGAAUCAUAUGAAUGUCCUCCACCUCCCAGCAGUUCGUCAGCGGAGAAGAAACAACAAAUGCAAAAUGUUGAAUUAAAAGAAAGGUCCUCGAAGUCACUCCUCGCAAACGUCCUAGACAUAGACGAUGAUUUUCGGUGUAAUCAUCGUUGCACCAGCGCCACCCUCCCACACCAACCGUCGUAUUAUCGCACAGUUUACAGGCAAGCUGAUGAAGGAAGUGUAGGACCAGUUGGUGAUGGAAGAAUGCACGAAGCUAUUUCUCACACUUGUCUAAGCUCGUCCGCUGAAUACGAAUUAGCUCUCAUCCUUAAGGAACUUCGCUGGAUUACAGACCAGCUAAAAAAGGAAGAUGAACACAGCGACGUAACACGUGAUUGGAAAUUCGCUGCAAUGGUAGUUGACCGUUUGUGCCUUAUAAUUUUCACGCUAUUCACAAUAAUUGCGACACUUGCUGUUUUAUUUUCGGCACCGCAUUUUAUUGUGUCGUAACAACCACAAGGCUAUAUCAAACGUAUUAUAUAUCCUGUUAUUUGUUUAAUUAUCAUCACAAUAAUUAAACGAAUUUAUUAAGUCUUUAAAAAAAAAUAAAAAAUAAAAUAAAAUAAAAUAAAAUGAAGAACAUGUACGGCACCAACCGCAGACACGAAUUCAAACUACAAAUAUCAACGUUCGAACAUAACAUCAACUAGGAAAAUAUUUCAAUUAUAAUGAUAGCAUUAACAUAAACAAAAUUGUUAGAAAUGCUUUAAAACAUCACAUUUCAUUUAAACAAAAAAAAAAAAACAAAUAUGGAAAACUGCUGAGUAAGAAAACUCUCACAAUUUUUAAAACAGCACUGGCAGUCCAAAUAGUACUAAUUUCAAGUUCACAUUCAAAUGGUUAAGGCAGACGCAAAAUUAUUACGCGCAUUUUUAGAAAACUGUUCAGCAAUAUAUCGUACUAUGAAAUAAGCGAAAUAAAUAACACAAUAAAAUGUCAGUCCUAACAAUUCGGUACUCACAAAACGGCUAGAAAAUGGAGUCAACCAAGAUACGCUGAAAACUAUCACCAAACAAUCGAAGAAUAAUAGUUUAUGAAAUAUUAUUAUUCUAGCAAACCAUUCAUCUGAUCCGAAAUAUUAAAAUAAAAAUAAUAAAAAAAAUCAAUUCGACAGUACGAUGACGACAUAUAUUUGUUAAAAAAAUAAUAAUUGAUUGCAAUACAAAUUUAUAAAGUGGAAAGAACGAUUUAUAUUUGAUAAAAAACACUUGGCUUAAAUUAGUAAGCUAUACUAGCUGCCAAACUCGAUUAUCUGAAUUCAUGAUUAGGUCAAAUUACAAAAGAAAAAUGUUUGUAUAAUAAACAGGGGAUGGUUUUGAACUAUCCCCAACUUCAAAUUAUUCGUGCAGGACGCGCGUUUUCAGUUUAUAAAAUAAUAGCAAACCAUAAAUAACCCAAUUAUUUCAACAUUUAAAGCUUUACUUGGAAAGAGAUAUGUCACUUAUGUUA